AUGGAUGAACCAGACCUAGGGCCGAGCCCGGCGCAGGAGAUUUCCUUCCUGUCGCCCGAGUCCUUCUCCACGCUCGACGAAUAUUCCAAAAAUCCGCGGUUCAUCGAGCUGCAGGAAGAACUGCGUGGCGUGUUAUUUGCGCGUGCCUCCGGUGAGAACGCCAGCUUCGAUGUCGCGGCCGACCAGCAGGACGGCGACGACGCCGAAGCAGAGAGCGAGCAUCCGCCACCGCCACCUCCGCAGCAUGGCUUCGACUUUACCCGCGUCAGCAUACCCAAGUUGACGCUCAUCCAGUACCUCAAGAACUGGAUCAUCGAGUGCGCACCGUACCUCGACAAGUUCGACCACGCGCGGCACUUUGCUGUGCACGUGCCCAUCAUGGCCGCCGGCUCGCCCGCGCUCUUCUACGCCGUCCUCGCCUUCUCCGCGCGCCAGGCGGAGCGCCGCAAGACCGGCCUGGGCUCCUCCGCGAAGAACUGCGACAGCCUCGAGCUCUACCAGGAGUCCAUCCGGCUGCUGCUUCUCGAGCGGCCGGGCAGCUCCUCCUCGGCCACGGUGCUGGUGACGGCGUGCGUGCUGGCCGUCAUGGAGCUCAUGUCGGGCAGCCCCCGCAACUGGCGGCGCCACAUCGAGGGCUGCGCCGCGCUGUUCGACCUCUUCCAGGUCAACGGCUUCUCCGGCGGCGUGCUGCAGGCUGUUUUCUGGUGCUACGCGCGCAUGGAGGUCUGCGGCGCCAUCAUCUCCGCCGGCGCCGAGAGCACCGUGCUGGCGCUGCAGAGCUGGGCCCCGCCGAUCCCGGGACGUGUCGUUGCCGGCGGCGCUGAGGGGGGCGCGGAUGCGUUUGUGCGCGAUGCGUUUUAUCGGAGCAGCUUGGAGAGCAGCGACAUGCACGCCAACUGGGCCGUGUACCUCUGCGCGAAAGCGUGCGACCUGCUGUACCGGCACACGCGGGCCACGGAGCUGCGGGAACCUGAUCGUCAGGACAGGAGGCCGUUUGCGGUUCAAUGGAGGGCUCUGUGGGGGCAUCUACAAUUUUGGCUCAAGUCGAGACCAGAUGUUUCGCUGCCGACCUUGGUGUCGGAAGACAACGGCCAGACCUUUCCAACCAUCCUCUUCGCGCACUAUCCUGCCAUAUCCUCGAACCAGGUAUACCAUGCUACGUGUCUCAUCAUGCUCGACAUGCGCCCGCGGCACGAGCCGGUGCCUUUGCCGGAGGGCUCGGCCGUGUGGCACGCGCGCCGCGUGUGCGGCAUCUCACUGACCAACCCGCACCGCGCCAGCCUGAUAAACGCCAUCCAGCCUCUAUACCUGGCCGGCAAGUUGCUCACGCAUACCGCGGAGCACGUGGCCGUGGGCAAGCUGUUCAAAAUCAUCGAGGAGACGACAGGGUGGGGAGCGCUCUGGAGGCUGCGCGAUCUAGAAAUUGUCUGGGGAUACAUGCCUGGCGAGAUCCUGGCCGCGAUGGGCUGA